UGUUUCUUUGGCUGUUGAAUUUUAGGUUAAUAUUAUUCUUACAUAUCAGUCUAGCAUUUAAGGCGCUUCCUCACUUUCAGAAAAUGGUCGAAGAACAGAAACAACGUUUAGAGGAAGCGUUGGCCAAGCUGAUGAACGAUGUUGACCAGACGUACCUGAGAAAAAUGCAGGGCGACAUGUACCGCUGUGCAGCGAAAUGCUGUGACGAUUAUUCAAUGCCGGUAGAAAAGGCCCAUGCUUGUAUCGAAACUUGCUCGCAGCCUAUACAGCAUGCACAGAGCUAUGUCCAAGGAGAAAUGAAUCAUUUACAGGACAGACUACAACGCUGUGUGAUGCAGUGCAAUGAUGAAAUAAAAGACAAGAUGGGACCAAAUCCUAAUGAUUCUGAGGCACAACGAUACACACAAAUGUUUGAAAAAUGUGCAACUAAAUGUGUCGACACCCACUUGGAUCUUAUACCCAAACUAAUGAGCAGGAUGAAGCAAGUGUUAGCAAAACAAAAACAAUCCUAGCAAGAGGAUAAACCAUAGUCACUAAAUCUCAGGGUACCUACAAGAAGUGUGAUAACGUAGACCUAGUUAAAUUUCACUGCCGCAUCUGUUCCUGUGCUUGCCAGAUUGGGUUACGUGAGGCGGGAAUGUUGAGAUGAUCUCGCGUUUUGUGUAGGAAGUUGAGGUCAGGGUUUUAAAAGUAUCUUACAGUAAAUCCCUGUUGAGGAGUUUCUCAAGGUAAUUAGAAAUCUAGACUUAUUAAAUAGGUAAAAUUGUAUGUAUGUGGGGUCAAAUGCUAAGAUUUUUCAACUUGUUAAUGCAGGAAAUAAUUCCUUAAGAGGGUGCGAAAAUUAUACUUUAAGCACAGAGUGUUGUAAUAUCCAUAGAUGCACCUCAAUGUUACCAUUGUUCCAACAUAUACAUAGCACAGUGAGAGGUCUUCAACUGACACGUUCAGGACGACCAUGCAGAAUCAGUGAACAUCAACAUUGUUCUAAUGUGAAUUAACAAAGAAAAAUUAAUACAGUACAUAGAUGUUUAAAACAAGAUGUAAAUUAUUCUAUGGCCAGAAAAGAGUACACGUUAACAUCUAAAACAAAACUAAAAGUAUAGUGUGUGGAGUCCACGCAUGACGUGACAGAAAUGAAACUUCUUGCUUAUUUGGUUGGAUUAGAUAAAGAUAAAUUAUUAGUAUAUAUUUAUUUUUUUUACUGUACAAGAAAUAAUAAUCGAGAAUAGUAAGGAUGCAGAUAUGAUCUCAAAUUUAAAAAUGCCUCUUUCCGCAUUAUGUACUCUUGCAUCUGUUCACUGGCACUUUUUUGGGGCCUCUUUUACCGGUUUGUUCCCAUGGUGCCUUUGAUAAUGCCUUGUUUCUGCUUCUGCAGUUUUUAUUAUUUUUAGGGAUGAUGUUAAAUCACAAUCUCCAGGUGAAUAAAAUCAAAGAAGAAGAAAAUGAACAUUCCAGUUGAAUAUGAAUUAUACUUAUAAAGUCUAUCCCACAAGUCUAUAAGUCCUUUUGACAUAUCAAAUCACAGUGUUCACAUACCAAAAAUAAAUUACACUUAUAAGGUUAUAAGUCUGAAUUCUUAGUGCAUCUUUUUUUUACAUUUCCAAUCUCACUAUUCACAUAAAAAAUUACUGAUAGUUACUGCACAUAUCAAUAACCCUUUUCCAUGAAUACAAAUAAAUUGCAAAACUGAAGAGUCGGCAAACACAAGUAACAUUACAAGGAUUCCGUAGCAUCACUGCUGCGCCAUUUCUACCUCUCCCAGCUGUUACAACUAGCAUAUAGCAUGCUACGCUACGGCCGUCUUCCCAUUCGACCGCUAGCGCAUGCGUUAGAAUGGCGUUGCUGCUGACGCUCUCUCCUUUUCCACUGGUUCCCCCACCACGUACCCAACUAUUCCCCCUCCUCUACCGGUUCCCCCACCACGUACCCAACUAUUCCCCCUCCUCUACCGGUUCCCCCACCACGUACCCAACUAUUCCCCUCAUGCGUUCGGAAUUUUCGUAACCCUAAAAAAUUGUAGCUUCCUCAGCAAAGAAGUUUCACUUAAAAAGUCUUCAAAAUGGACUGUAACGAACGCUUUGAGUGAACUAGAACCGCACAAAGCUUAGUAACACCACCUAAGUCGUCUAUUUUCAAAACUGGCCAUCUCCCUCAGAACAGUUUUUGCAAGAAAUCAAGGGAAAAUGUUUACUCAAUUCCAUGAUGUGGCAUUCAAGACGGUUUAUUAAAUGAAUAUGGCCGCUUUUGUAAUUAACUGCUCCUUAUUCACUGUGGGUUACCAUGGAAUUUGAUUUUCUAGAACAAAACCAUUUAUUUUUGUGGCAGGUGUCGGCUCGAUUGGCACCAGAUUGCAGAAUAUGCCAAGCUACAGAAUGCCAGUUUAAGACCUUUCACUGUAACACUUAUUCCAUGGAUGGAGAAAAUAACGAACAUUGGAUAGAGGAAGAAGGGUUCAAAUUUCUUCCCCCCCCCCCCCCACACACACACACAUUCUUUACAACAACAUAGUGCUGACGUAUCUUCCUAUGUAUCUUGGCUAUGUUGCCCUGCUGAAUUAAGUUGAUAUAAGCUUAUGAUUAAAGAGAAGAUUAUGGUUCAAGAUAUUUCGGUGUUAUUGGUUUUUUAUGAACUCUGUUUAUUUAUGAAGAUAGCAAUAUUUUCAACAGAUAUGCCACUUCGUUAUUCAAUGAUGUUUCACUAAAACACUAUCAUUUUGACCGAAACAUUAUGCUAUUUCACAAUACAGUUCAAAAUAAGCAUGUCUGACCACUGGGAAUAAUAAAAAAUAAACCGACAAGUGAAAGUGCGUUUGGAAAAUGUACCAAUGGCAUAAUGUAAAAAAAGUUACUAAUAGCAGCUAUAACAUAAAAAAAAUUAUAAUCUGUUUUUGUAUAAUUUUUGGUACUCACUCCAUGCUAAAUAAUUUGCAUUAAUUGAAUUUAAUGUAAAGAUAACUUUUUGUAAUCUGAGGUUUUGAUUAAAUACAGUAAAACCUUUUUGUUGCGACCCCAUUUAUUGCGACCACCUCUCUAUUACAACCCGAUUUCGAGGAACCGUGAAAAAAUUGCCGAAAAUCCGAAGAUAAACAGACAGAAAAUAAGUUUCUUGUGGUGAGUAACGUGUUGCUGCGUUUCUCUUGCCGAGUGCUUCCUGUCGACCGCUGUCAGCGCUUAACAACCCCCAUUCCACGUCCCUUUGUCGGCAGGGUGCAGAUAAAGGUUUUUGUGGCAACGUGUUUACGUUUAGCUUAUUGCGAGUGUCUAGUGUGGUACGCAGUUAAGGCAAAGCUACCUGCUGGAUUUCUCUUGAUUUUGAUUACUAUCGGUUGACAAUACACAGCGACCGACUGGAUGCACGCCCGCCUCGACUUGUUUUAACUGCCGCAGCGAUGUUUAUUUUGACAGCUCAAGCAAUUAAUUUUUCCCGUGGGUUGAUAGAAAAAGGUCGCUUCACCCAGCAUAAAAAAAAAGGCUACGCCACUUAUUCCCCGCGCAGGAAACACACUGGCUGCCGUCUGUCUACCCCGCAUUUAUCUUUCUUCUAACAUUCCACGUUCUCCUCUCGCGCGAGCAAUAACUAGGGCCACGAUUAUAUGGUGAAUCGCGAAAUUUUCCGCGAAUUUAUAUGGAAAAUGCGAAAAAAGCGAUUUUUAAGAAAAACCGCUAAAUAACACCGAAAUUACACAAUACAAGUCUCUUAUAUUUUAAUGUGAAAAGCUUAAUAGUCAAGACUUGCCCGGGUCCUGGUUGAUAAGCUGGAAAAAUUUCCUGCCUUGCAUUUCUACAUGCUUCCUCUAAUCAGCUUUAGGGCGCCGUCUGGUCAGCGUGUGUGUUAGUGAAGCGGGAUGAUAAGAUCGACGCUCAAUGGUAGUUCUAGCGCGGUAAAACCUCUAAGUGCAAGGCUUCUGAACUGGCGCGCAGUCAUCUCGUUCCCGUCAGAUAACAGUGAAAUUUGAGCGGUGACCAUAACAUUAUAUGGCGGAAAAAUAAAGAUAAAGGUGUAAUGCAUUUCCCUAUGAUACUUUCAAGAAAUUUGUAACGGGUUUUUUACACCUAAAACUUCGAAAACAUGUCUUUUAGCCAUUUUAUCUCAAAAGAACCAUUAACAAAUUCUUAAAUGCUUUUCGUAAACAGACUCCAGUCGGAUAUAUAGUAUAGUUUGGAAAUUGCGUAGGUUUUUCGUGGCUGUGCGCGGCACACGACUGUAGUUGCCAUGCGUCACGCGCCGAGAAUGUUGUCCGGCAGGAAGGGCGAGUAUAGUUCAUUUGCGGCAAAAAUGAAUACUUUUACGGCCCUGCUAAAUUUUUCCAUUAAAUAAAUUUUGAAGUUUCAGUGAUUUUCCUUCAGAAAUAAUGUUGUGUAACUAACAAACAAUUUGUAUCAAAACAAUUAACGGUAAAUGGCUGUCGCGGGGGCCCUUAAAAAUUUUUCAUUUUACCAGAACUGGACUAUACAAACCUGGCUUUAGUCGCACACAGUUUGGUGAAGGUGAGGAAGGAUGUUGACAGUUUCACAUGCCAAAGGACGUUGAAGUAGGAGGGGGAGAGAGACACGAUGGUUUGUAUGCCUGGGAGGGAUGAACCUUGAAGUCUAGACAAGGGAAGGAGAGGUAAGCCGUAUGACGUCAUGCAUCCGCCGCCUGUGCUGCCGCCAGCCUGUCUAGACGAUAUUCCCGCGCUCCCACUUACGUUGCACAAGCUACUGCUGCCGUAUUUUUAAAGGAAAUGUCCCAUUAUUUUUUUGUUAUUCUCACAUGAACAUUAUUGGAAAUAUUAAAGCCGACACAAAAAAUACGCUGUGUGUUAAAGUUAACAGAUUUUAAUAAUCUUUCAUUUUGUUUUGUUUUAAAUUUUUUUUUUUCUGAUUUUCACAUUUUGGUCAAAAUGUCCAAUUUUUUGACGGUUCUCGAGAAUGUAUUCGUAAAAUCACUGCUUCGUUAAAUCCGGGGUUCGUGACAUCGGGGUUCUAGUGUAUUUAACUACGGCAAGCAAGAAAUCGUACAUGUAAUCUAACCAGUAAAAAUAAACUGUCUAUUGACAUAUUUUCUUUAGAGGUGGCCUGUAGGGCGACGGACUUGUCAUGAAGGUUUAAAGCACAGCCGUCUAGCAUUGUGAGUGACAGCAUCCUGCCAUUGUAUGGCUGGUUUCUUAGCGAAUAGCGGUUUGGGAAAAGGGGUUGAGGGGGGGGGGGGGGGGGUUGAAAUCAACUGAAAAUUUCGGAAAACAUCUAUUACGACCCCCCCUCUAUUCCGACCCUAUUCCUGGGAACCGUGAGGGGUCGUUUCAGAGAGGUUUGACUGUAUGCUGAUUAAUUUCAUGAUGUUUUGUUGCAAUAACUUGGAUUUUGGUGUUAUGUGGUGUACGUGUAAUGCUAAUGACAUGCUUUUCAGUGUUAUUUAAGCUUUAUCAUAAUUCACCAUAUAAUCGUGUAACUAUUUGUGAUUUAUUUCUUUUGAUAAAUGAUUCAUUACUGUAUUGCAAAUGGCUGUGAAUUGGGGGCAGGGCCUUUAUUAUUUUGCUAGAUAUAUGAUCUGUAACAAGCUACAGUUUUGAUUGUAGAUAUGAACACUUUAAAGCAGAGAGACCAUCAUCUCUUGAACUUGGGGUGCUAUUAGAGUUAUCUAUGCAUGCUAGGAGAAACUUCUCAUAGUGUGUAUUUUUAGUGUGUCAAGCUAAGCUGCCACAAUAAUCAUUGGUUGUUUGUAAAGUUGGGGUGUUGUAUUUUGUUUUGUUGUGCUGUAAAUUAAGUGGAUUUUUUAAACAUAUGUUUAUUUUUUUCUCUUGAAAAUGUUGAGUUGUUUCUUUGUAGUAUUUUUGAUAUUCAAAAUGGUUUGAGAAAUCACUUCGCACAAGAACAAUCACUGUCAGGGUUCAUGCUAGACUAAGUUAAUCAUGGAUUUCUCGCAAGAGAGAGACGCAAGGUGAAUCUGCUAUUGUGUUCCUUUAAAUAUUUUUUUUGUUCUACUACUACUCCUAACAAAGGAAGAUAGCAGUAAAACUUUGUUGGACUAUCACUAUAAAGGACCUUACACAGGCUAUAGCACAUUCCUUCCCAAAUUUUCUGGAUACAUCGUUUUAUACACAUGUCUCUGAUGUGAUGACCACACAAUCGACGUGACUGUCAAAAACCAAUACCAUAUAAGUGUUUGUUUUUUAAUAAAUGAAGCACACGUUUCAAUUUUUUUCUAUCUAAAAACAAAUUAUAUUUGCCAUUAAAUAAAAAUUUACAUGUAUCAUGAGGGGAAAAAAAAUUGUUAAAUUAUAAUUUACCGAACAGAAUAAAAUUAACAUACCUUCCACUUAGUACACGAAGUAAAAUUAAAAUAUCUAGAUUUGUUAUAAUUUACAGGUAAAUAAUAGGAAUGGAACACAUGAUGAAUUAAAGCGACAUACAAUAUUAGGUGUGUGCACAUACUAAUAUCAUCAGGAGUAAGAACUCGAAAAAGA